UCCUCCGGUGAGGGUCAGAGCGCCGACUGCGCGCGGCUUAUCUGGGGUUUCCAGUUCCUGCAGGCAACGCCCAUGGUCCUGGACUGCGCCUUCGAGGACAUUCACUCUCCACUUUCAGAAAAGUUUGGACAAAGUGAAUUUGGGUUGAGUUUGGGAGAUGGCAGCGGCGCCCUCUGCUUUCUUCCUCUGUGCUACCUUUCAUAAGUCCCCAUCUCCAACCCCCUCCAUCCUUGCCGCACUGACACCCAGCUCCCAGACCCUUCUUUUCUUUCCGUGAUUCCCUGACCUCGGUGGGGGUUGGGGAUGUCAGUUUUGUUCCCUGCUGGUUUCAUUCUCCUCCCCGUUCCUAUCUACUGAACUUCACCCAUUUCUAAGUCCUCACCCGGCCAUUCUCCUCUCCUUUUCGCUCCACCUCUACAGCGUUCUCUCCCACUCCAUUUGAUCUAUCCAGCUUCUUACCGCACCCACAUGGUCCCUCCCUCCACCUUCCUACCUAAUCUUCUCUCCCUCAAAUCCUGACCAUGGAUUCUGAAUCUUCUUGGACUGCCACUCCCUCCCCUGGGGGCACUCUGUCUGUCCCCAAUGCUACCAUACCCUGGCUGGGCAGGGAUGAAGAGCUAGCCAAAGUGGAGAUUGGUAUCCUAGCUACUGUCCUGGUUCUGGCCACAGGGGGCAACCUGGCUGUACUGCUGAUGCUGGGCUGCCAGGGCCGCAAGCGUUCCCGCAUGCACCUGUUUGUGCUGCACUUGGCCCUGACUGACCUGGGCGUGGCGCUUUUCCAGGUACUGCCUCAGUUGCUCUGGGAUAUCACCUACCGCUUCCAGGGCUCUGACCUCCUCUGCCGGGCCGUCAAGUAUCUGCAGGUGCUCAGCAUGUUUGCUUCCACUUACAUGCUGCUGGCCAUGACGCUGGACCGGUACCUGGCUGUCUGUCACCCCCUUCGCAGCCUCCAGCAGCCCAGCCAUUCCACCUACCCUCUCAUUGCUGCCCCCUGGCUGCUGGCUGCCAUCCUCAGCCUCCCUCAAAUUUUCAUUUUUUCUCUGCGAGAGGUGAUCCAGGGCUCAGGGGUGUUGGACUGCUGGGCAGAUUUCUACUUUUCUUGGGGGCCACGGGCCUACAUCACCUGGACCACCAUGGCCAUCUUUGUGCUCCCUGUGGCCAUGCUCACAGCCUGUUACAGCCUCAUUUGCUGUGAGAUCUACAAGAACCUUAAAGUAAAGACACAGGCUGGCAGGGAGGAAAGAAAGGGCUGGAGGACUUGGGACAAGUCCUCAUCUUCUUCCCCUGCUGCGGCCACUAGAAGGCUGCCAUCCCGGGUCAGCAGCAUCAGCACCAUCUCCAGGGCAAAGAUGCGAACUGUGAAGAUGACCUUUGUCAUUGUGCUGGCCUACAUCGCUUGCUGGGCACCCUUCUUCAGUGUGCAGAUGUGGUCUGUGUGGGAUGAGGAUGCCCCUAAUGAAGAUUCCACCAAUGUGGCUUUCACCAUCUCCAUGCUUCUGGGCAACCUCAGCAGCUGCUGCAACCCCUGGAUCUACAUGGGCUUCAACAGCCACCUGCUGCCACGUUCCCUGAGUCACCGUGUCUGCUGCAGGGGUUCCCAGCCCCGGGUGCACAGGCAACUCUCCAACAGCAGCCUUGCUAGCCGCCGAACGACAUUACUGACCCACUCUGGUGGUCCCUCCACCCUCCGUCUCAGCCUUAACCUCAGCCUCCAUGCGAAGCCUAGGCCUGCUGAGUCACCAAAGGGUUUAGAGCAGAGGGAUGGAGAAGCCAUCGUGGAGACCAGCAUCUUUUAGAGAGAACUCCCUAGAACCCGGCUCUGCACAUCUCAGGCUUUGGGAAUGAGGAAGAAAAGGGUUGGUGGUGGUACUGAGCGGAGCCUAAUUUGAAGUAAC